AUGUCGACUACUACAGGACCAGCGAUGCAUAGCUCCCGCCCACCUAUCCUCCCCAAGAAUUUCUCCGCACAGCAACCGGAGACCAUCCGUCUAUAUCCCCUCUCCAACUAUACAUUCGGCACCAAGGAAACGCAACCGGAAGAAGACCCUUCGGUGUUGGCCCGUCUAAAGCGUCUCGAAGAGCACUAUGAGCAGUAUGGAAUGAGACGUACCUGCGAGGGUGUGCUCGUCUGCCAUGAACACAACCACCCGCACGUGUUGAUGCUUCAAAUCGCAAACGCGUUCUUUAAGCUACCCGGAGACUAUCUCCAUUUCGAAGACGACGAGGUCGAGGGAUUCAAGAAGCGACUAAACGAGCGUCUUGCACCUGUCGGCUCGCAGUUCUCCGGCGAGGGCGUCAAUGAGGACUGGGAAAUUGGGGAUACUCUCGCGCAAUGGUGGCGACCGAAUUUCGAGACUUUCAUGUACCCUUUCCUCCCCGGACAUGUGACUCGGCCUAAGGAGUGCAAGAAGUUGUACUUCAUCCAGUUGCCCAAGAAGAAGGUUCUCUCUGUUCCAAAGAACAUGAAGCUUCUCGCUGUGCCUUUGUUUGAAUUGUACGACAACACGGCUCGUUACGGCCCCCAACUCUCCGCUAUCCCGCAUCUUCUGUCCAGAUACAACUUUGAGUUCGUGGAUGAGAAUGACAAUGUCGUUGCGGCAACCCCAGGAACACCCUUGCCCGAAGGUCAACUUCCCCGAACCAAGGUGCUUGCUGAAGGCGGAGAUGACCAGGACGCGGGGAUGGCAGACGUCAAAGCGGAAGGUGAGGAGAACGGGGGUGAUAGUAGUAUGCAGUGA